AUGGCAGGGAGGAAGAAAAGGUCUGAGAAGCAGAUGAAGGUGCUCCGAAGAGCAGGAGAGCGACGUUGGACGGACAGGGAGGUGGAGGAACCCAAACAACCGGCCAAAGACUCAGAAGAAAGGGAUAAUGCACGGCACACGCGCAGAGCUGAGAAGUUUGCCAUAGACGAGCUCAAAGGCGUUCGAGAGCAGCUCCAAGUUGUCAACAAAGAGCUUUCAAGCGAAAGAACUAUCCGACUCACCCUAGAGAAACGGCAUGAAGCCUCUGAAGAAGCUCUAGUGCAAACACAAGAUGAACUCGAAAAAGCGUUGGAAAACACUACCAUAGUUGAGGGAGAGCUGGGUAGAAAGGGGAAACAGCUUGCUGACACACGGAACGCGCUCAAAACCGUGGAGAAAAAGCUGGCAAAAGCUGUAGGGAGGACGAAGAAAAUCAGCCGGAAGUUACAGACAUCUCAGCAAGCCAUGAAGCGUGCGCGGGCACUGAAGAACAAUGCUAAGGCUCACCUAGGGGUCUUACAAUGCAGUAUCAUCCCCAGCUUGCAUGCAGCAAGCGCUUUGGCAGUGGAGCGGGAGCAGCUUGCUCGCAUAUCAGAGACAGCAGCACUGCGACAAGAUUUGCAGUUCAAUCAGCAACAGCAGCAAGAGCUUAAGCAGAAACUCACCACUGUACAGAACAAGGCUCGACAGCAUCAGAUGCGGGCCCUUCGAGCAGUUAGGACACUUGCAACCGCACAAAACAAGCACCACAGCAAGCUCUCAUUCCGAAAAUCCAUGGAGCAGCGCCUUCUUGGGCGUGGGCGUCAUGGUACUUAUUCAUCUCGAUUUCGUGCUAUCAUCCGGACUCUAGCACUUGCUGGCUGUGCUCAAGACUCGAUUGGCCGUGUUAUAAGGCUUCUAUACCGUAGUGUUGGUGUAACUCUGUCAAAAGAUGUCAGCCAACGCACCGUCUCACGCACUCUUCUCGAGGGUGGGAUUGCAUCACAGAUUCAGGUUGCGGCAGAAAUGGAGCAGGCCACCGCGAUAACAAUCAGCUCGGAUGAUACCAGUCACCGCAACAUUAAUUAUAGCUCAAAACACGCAACACUUACAACACGUCGUGAUGAUGGCAGCAUUGACCAUCAAGUCCGUUUCCUGGGAGUUGAAUCAACUCUAGACCACACAAGCAUCAGGCAAGCACAUGACUGGGAGUUGAAGAUACAGACCUUGUCGGCUCUUUAUACAACGUUCAAGGCAGCCGAUGCGGCCAACGAAGGGACAGGCACUACUUUUGGUGGGAUAGAGUUUACGAAAAAGCUGAUGGGAGUACAUGGAGACCAUGCGGCCGAUCAGAAAGCAACCUUCAAGCUACUUCAAAAGUGGAAAGAGCGCAACACAUACCUCGGGCUUGGUUAUGAAGUUAUGCACUCCGGAAACCUCCCAUCGGAUGAACCUGCUUAUGGUGUAGCUUGGCGUGAGGCCAAUGAUGCACUGACGCACCAAGUAGGAGGUCCCGAUGGAUGGGCACAGCUGGAGAUGUCAGAGCAGGCGUCAAAGAGUGCAGAAAUGCUCGAAAAAGUCGCCAUGACAUGGGGAAAACUUCGUUUUACAGCCCUUUUGCCAGACGAGAGGAGGGCAAGGAUGCUGCUUGUGCGAGCAGGAUGCUGCAUGCACAAGGACUUGAACUGCGUGAAAAUUGGGAAUACGAAGAUGAUGGCCUUUUGGGAGGAAAGUGGAUUAGCUGGGCCCCUCCUCCUGCCGAACCGGGACAAUGCAGCGACAAUCCAAGAAGUUGAUGAAGAUGAAGAGCUCACGGAGGCACAGUCCCGGGCCAUUAAUGUUACAUCACGAGGCGGCAUUAAGGUAACAAACCUAGCAGGGGCAAUCUUUAACCAUAAAGACGAUAAGAAAGGACUACAAGAUACGCACUGGCACUUCAUGGAGCAGGUUGUAGGAGCCGGAGAACCUACAACAUUCCCCGACACAAGUAAUACACGCUAUGGGUCCCACUGCCAUGCUGCAGCUUGGUUGGUUCGCUGGCAAGGAGCAUAUAUCAGCCUUCUUGAGACUGUUCGGGACAACAAACAAAAGGCCACCUUCUCACACAUAGAGUCUAACCUCUACAAAGCUCUUCACGAUGAGCCAACACUCACAGAACUUGUGGUUCUUGCGGUGUAUGGGAUUGCAAUCUCAUCUCCUACAUGCGGAGGCCAGCAUGUCAAAAUGCUUUCAGAGAACCCAAACCUACUUCUAGAACCGGGCCACACUGCCAAGGCGACACUCGAUGGCAGCGACAGAUGGGAAAACCACCAAACAAUGGCUGUUGUCCAUGGAAUGGCUGAAUCCCUUCCGCACUUGUCUGGGGCCCUCAUCUCAUUCCUGAGAGGUGCUGUGGAAGGGUGGGAGCGGUUUUCAGCAGAGUUUCGAGAUGAUGGGGAGAUAGCGGCACUGUCUGAAACAGAACGUCAGGAUGCAUGGAUGUCGUCGACCAACGAUGCAAAUGAGGGCGCACUGGGAACAUUCCGGCAACUUCAAAAUAAAAACCCUGGAACCUCAAUGCACCAGGUCAACGCUAGGAUGGUGUUCAAGCGAAAUAACACCGACGUUUUUAUGGAGACGCUUACGGACAAGCAACACGAAUUUCUGGUGCAGACAACUCGUCAAGUGGAUGCAAGCGGAAUCGAGAAAAAGCGGAGAAAGGAACUUACUGAGCAUAAAGCAAGAACCGCUGUCAAAAAACGCGAGGCACAAGAGAGAUUUUCUCAGAGAAAGGAGAAGAAGAAGCAGCGCCUGGACGAGCUGGAGUUGAUUUUGGAUGAGAAG